AAUUUAAUAACAGUAAAUUAUUCGUACUGAAGAUAAUCAUUGGAAAAAUAAACCAAAAAUUCUUUUAUUAUAAUUAUAAGUCGAAGGCUAUUCAAAUAAUAGAUAAUAGUUAUUUUUUUAUUUUGGUAAACAUUUCUUCGAAAAUUUUGUAUAUAAUAUAAUAUCGCAAUUUUUCAAUUUAAAGAAGUUUACCGAUUUAUGUGACCAACUUCAAUGCGUUUUCUCAUUAAAAUGGUUCUAACCAUUGCAACAAAAAAUUUGCAUGCUUUUAGGAAGAAUGCAUCUAAAUAGAAUAAUGUAAUUUUAUUUCAUCGAACUUUUUGACAAAUUUUUCAAAAUGUUUGUGUUUUAUUAUGUGGAGAUCAUCAAAAAGGGCUGUAGUUGGAUGCAUUCAAUUAAUUAUGCGAUGUGGUCGUAAUAGUGCCGACGUAGAUGACAUAGAUGAUAUAUCCGAGUACGACAUUCAUGAUGUUUCUGUGCAUUUCCAACCGCAAAUCUUCCCUAUGGCUUUGCAACAACGGCAAGAAAACUUGCAACAUAGACCAGAUGCGCCGGGAAUGAGAAGACGUUCACCACCUGAAAUUGUUUCUAAGAUGAUUCAAGCUUUGGAAGAAUUAACGGAAACUAAUUCGUUACCCGCUGUUGACAAGGUGCGCGGUUGUCAUCAACUUAAUUUCAGAUCUUCCUUUCAACCGAUAAACGAAGAAAAUAGUUGACAUUUUAAUAUGUAUUUUAAUAUACAACGAUGUGUAACGAGAACAUCGUUCAAUUUUAAUAAUAUGUGAUAUUGAAGAUAACUAUCAUUGUAGCGUUAUCAAAUAUUUGUACAUCUCAUUGCUUUUAUUUCUAUCUUCUCAUCUGUUU